AUGGCAGCGCCUGAUGCUGCCGGUUCCAGCCCUUGGGCAUUGCCUGGUUGGCCGCAGGUGGAGGCUUUCCAAGCCCGGCCGGAUGACCUGGUCAUCGCCACCUACCCCAAAUCGGGCACGACGUGGCUGAGCGAGAUCCUGGAUAUGAUCUACCACGACGGCGAUGUGGAGAAGUGCCGACGGGAUGCCAUCUUCAACCGGGUGCCCUUCCUGGAAAUGAAGGCCCCCGAGCUGCCAAGCGGUGUCGAGCAGCUGGAGAAAACCCCAUCCCCGCGGCUGGUGAAGACCCAUCUCCCAGUCCACCUCCUCCCGACCUCCUUCCAGGACAAGAACUGCAAGGUCAUCUACAUGGCCCGCAACCCCAAGGAUGUUGUCAUCUCCUACUACUACUUCUACCAGAUGGCGAAGAUGCACCCCGACCCUGGCACGCUGGCAGAGUUCCUGGAGACCUUCAUGGCUGGCAAAGUGGCCUACGGGUCCUGGUAUGACCAUGUGCGGGGCUGGUGGGAGAAGAAGCAGGAGAAGCAGCUCCUCUACCUCUUCUAUGAGGACAUGAAGAAGGACCCGCGGCGGGAGGUGCAAAACAUCCUGCAGUUCCUGGGCAAGGACGUGGCAGAAGGGACGGUGGAGAGGAUCCUCCACCACACCUCCUUCCAGGAGAUGAAAAAGAACCCUGCUGCCAACUAUGAAACCAUGCCCACCGCCCUGAUGGACCACAGCCUCUCCCCAUUCCUCCGGAAAGGGAUCUCUGGGGACUGGAAGAACCACUUCACCGUGGCCCAGAACGAGCGCUUCGACCAGCACUACCAGGAGCACAUGGCAGGCUCCGACCUCUGCUUCCAGAUGGAGGCAUGA